GCCGCCACCUGCGCGUCGGGAGCAGCGGCGGCCGCAGCCGGAGCGGAGGCCGGAGUCGCGGACGGAGCGAAGAAGGCGCUUGUGAGCUGCCAAGAGUCGCCGGUGCCGGAACACCUCAAACUCCGGGCGGGAGCUCUUCAGGUGGGCAGAGCCGCCGUCGCCCUCCCGCACCGUGCCCCCAGGCCCAGACAGCGGGGCUGGGGUCUCCCGGGGCGCGGGACUGGCUCCUCCCAGGCCGAGCCCUCCGUACCGGCCUCUGGGUUUUCCUCCGUCUUGGACUUCCUGCAAACUAAGGCCGGAGGACAGUGAGCACCGCCGACCCGGACAUUGGCUGUCUCCCCGACUGUGUCCGGACAGUAGCAACCGGGAGCCCCUCCUGCUGCCACCUCUCCAGCUGAGGAGGGACGGGCGCGCUCGCACUGUCUGGUUGUGCGCCUCUCCCUUGCCUCCCGUUCAAGAACAAGUUUCUCUUCUCUCUCCAUUGGAAAUCCUGCCCGGAAGCCCAGAGCACCCGUCCGUGUGCCCUUCCCAGCUCUCGGAGCACCCUUAGGAACAUUAUCUACUUAUCAGGGCUGAGCGUCGCUCGUUCUUGGCUUGGUUUUUAUCCCCUUCACACCUUCUUAACUGACACUUCAUGCCCAGGACCUUUUGGGUCACCAGCUCCCCGGCCCUAUCUAUGUGACUUCCCCCACCCAGCAGUUCCAGUUUCCUCUGGGCUCCAGUCUCCAGCUCCCAGCGGAUCUGGUCAGUCCCACCCCUGGGUGGGAGUGACCAGGGGGCUCUGGCCCAGGAUCCCCCACCCUGGAAGGCAGCUCCAAGGUAGCAAGAGAGCUGGGCCUCGAGUACGAACCUGGCAGCUCCGGAGUGGGUGCUCCGCUCACCCCACACAAGAAGAUGAAAAAGCGCAAAGAGCUCAAUGCAUUGAUUGGCUUGUCUGGGGAGAGCCGGAGAAAGAAGCCCAAGAAAGGCUCGGGCCACCGCCUGCUUCGCACUGAGCCUCCUGCUUCGGACUCCGAGUCCAGCUCCGAGGAGGAAGAGGAGUUCGGUGUAGUUGGCAAUCGCUCUCGCUUUGUCAAGGGAGACUAUUUACGAUGCUGCAAGAUCUGUUAUCCCCUCUGUGCUUUUGUCAUCCUUGCCGCCUGUGUCGUGGCCUGCGUGGGCUUGGUGUGGAUGCAAGUUGCUCUGAAGGAGGAUCUGGAUACCCUCAAGGAGAAAUUUAGAACAAUGGAAUCUAAUCAGAAAAGUUCAUUCCAAGAAAUUCCCAAACUUAAUCAAGAACUACUCAGCAAACAAAGAGAACUUGAGAAGAUUGAAUCUGGAGAGCUGGGCUUGAACAAGGUCUGGAUAAACAUCACAGAAAUGAAUAAGCAGAUUUCUCUGUUGAAUUCUGCAGUAAGCCACCUCAAAGCCAAUGUUAAAUCAGCAGCAGAUUUAAUUAGUCUGCCUGCUACUGUAGAGGGACUUCAGAAGAGCGUAGCCUCCAUUGGCAAUACUUUAAACAGUGUCCAUCUUGCUGUGGAGGCAAUACAGAAAACUGUGGACGAACACAAGAAAGCCAUGGAGUUACUACAGAGUGACCUGAAUCAGUACUCUGUGAAGGAGACCAGUAGAAGCGACCAGAUUAUUCCAUCACCUUCAGCUCCAUCACAACUUGACAAUAAACCCCCCAGCGAGAAUGUGAAACAGAUAGGUGAUAGAGCUGCCACUCUGAAAAGAGAGUCUUUGCAUCAGGUGACCAGCAGAGUAGAUACAGUAAAAACUCAAAGCAUAAAGAAAGAAGAUAGUUCAGAUUCUCAGGUAUCCAAGCUAAGGGAGAAACUACAGCUGAUCAGUGCUCUCUCCAACAAGCCUGAGAGCAACAGGCCUCCAGAGACCACCCAUGAAGAGCAAGUACAGAGUUUCACAUCAAAGCCAUCAGCAUUUCCAGAAUUUCCACAGUCUCCUGGAGAUGACAUUGAGAAAACUGCCCAGCUAAGAUCUAUCUCCCUACCAGGAAUCGCUAGCAUCAAAGAAAUCAAUGAAAAAAAUAUUCUCACUCCUCAGAUCUUGAGGAUUUAUUCUACAAGACUGGCCAGAACAUGGAUGGGAAGCUGACCUACCAGGAAAUUUGGAACUCCUUAGGCUCUGCUGUGCCAGCACCAGAGAGUUUGAGAGAGUUUGAUGCUGACGGAGAUGGAAGAUACUCAUUCCUGGAGCUAAGAGCAGCUGGAGGUGUCUAGCCUCAUUGGGCAUAUUUAGAAACGGAUAUAUACCCUGGGCUACCUAAUAUCUGCUCGCAUAACAAAAACAACCCUUCUAUUUAUCUAUCAGUCCUCCAAUCCUCCAAACUAUUGUAGCAGACACAUUGCAACCUUUUAACUUGUUUGAAAAAGCUAUAUAAAAGUUAUUUUUUUAAAAAAGACCAUUUUACUUAUGAUGUUCAGAAAUCUAUGAUUUCCUGAAACCAGUAUGAUCUUAAUUCUAAAAUUGCCAGAAUAAAAGUCAAGCCCUCUUUCUUUCUCUUUCCUUUUUUGAGGGAAGGAGACCUUAUCUUUUAGAACUAGAAAAAGUGUAUAUAGUAAGAAUAAGCCACCUUUUAUAUUUCACAUAAAUCUGCCUUAAAUUAGCUGCACUUUAUUCAGACUCAGAAAAUGUCUUUUCUUUAAAAGAUAGGCUUUUUCUGUGUAUAAAUAUUUAAAAUGAAAGAAGAGUUCUGCAUAUUUUGUGGGAAGUUAGGAGAAAUGGUUUGAAACAGGACAUGAAUAAAUGGCUUGUCAAAAAUCGCUAAUUUGAUCUGGUAGCGACUAAAACUAGGCCCAUGUCUCCUUCAGGCAUCUCCUUUAGGUGCUGCCAUGGGGUUUGGUCUGGUGGCCGGAGGAAUAUAUUUAGGGAGUGGAUACUGGGGACAGUGCAGCCUCCAGGCGCAGGAAAGUAAGAUCUAUAUCUUUGUUUCUGUCCCCUUAGCUAAUCGCAAUCUGUGAACCAGAGAGUAUUCUUGGCAUUUUUAUUAUUUUUUAUCCUAUUUCAGGGUUUAUGAACAUAGAAAGUUAUCCAGUGAGGAGAUAUAUUUCCCUCCCUGAGUGAGCAGGAUUAUCACACACACACACACACACACACACACACACACACACUCAAGUCUAUCUUAAAGCUGUGGCUGACUUCCCUCUCUGAUACUAUCUCCAUUCUGAAUGGCAGGGCUGAAGUCCCUGGUCACUGGCUCAGCCUGGCCGCCCAGGAGCUUUAGAGGAGAGCUGUGCCUUUAAUUCUGACCCAGGAAACAGAUUUUACAUGGGGGCUAACCAAGAACCUAGUAUGUUCCUCUGGGGGAUAAGGCCGUAACAGUUGUGAACAUUUAUUUAUUAAGUUUCUUCAUGGUUAUCAGGUCAGAAGUAGUUGGAAGCUUUAUGUCCAGAGAAUGCCAAGCAUAGCAGACAGGCCUGGAACAUUGGGCUUUACAUGAUGGUAGCAAGUGUUUUCAGAUCUAAUGCAAGCAAGUGCAAUACUUUUCCCUUUAAAUACUUCCAUAGCCUGGUACUACAGGACCCUGAACUAAAAGGAAUUAUACCUCCAUGCUCUCUGUGUGUGCUGUGUUCUUAGAAGGAGUCUCUGAAGAAUACAAAAGGAAAAAACUUUGCAAAACUUAGCUGUGCUGUAGGCCACAUCAGGGAGAAACUAGAGAAGCUUUCGUAGACUGACUUCUUUAGUGGAACUCAUUUCCAUUUUAACUUUUUCCAUUUUAACUUUGUCCAAGUUGCCCAGUUAGCCAUGGAUGCAGCCAAACGUCCUUAACUAUUUAAGGGCUGGUUUUGUUUUGCUUUUUCUUUAUAUGAUAUUCAGCUUGGUAUAGGCUAACCUUGUUUUUUUUUUCUAGGAAUAUAAAAAUUUAGUUAAAGCAAGAUGAAGUCUUUUCCCAUGAAUGUGUCUGCUUACCUCAUAUGGCUUAUGCUUCUCUUUCUUUAAAAAAAAAUAUUUUUCCUUGCCCAACCGAGCUAUUUCACUUUCUUGGAAAGGUUAAAAUAUGGUAUAAAAUUAGCACUUUGGGUAACUUGAAGAGUACUCUUCUGGCUGCCUUCCAUGCCCACCCCCCUUUUUUAAUAUAUAUACCCUGACGGAUUUUGUAACAACCAAAUAACACUCUAGCAAUAAAUUGAAUUAUUCUGCUAUAUUUGUAUAUACUGUACCAUAAAUAGUAUGUCUACCUGGAAGGUAUUUUUUUGAGAACUGAUUUAUAUGAAAUAUACUUGGGGGUAAUGUAGCUUGUCCUUUUUAGUUUCAAAUUCUUAUUCAUAGGCAUAUACUUUGAGGACACCUUAACUCUUUGUUGUACGUACUUUUCUUUUGCCUCAGAGAGCUAUCUGUGGAGGAGUCAUUUUGUUUUUUAAUUUAUCAUCCAUUCUCACCUCAAGUGUGUCUGGCUAGCAUCAUCCCUGAGCCAGGUAUAUAGUACCAUCCUCUCCCCCUACCCAAUUUGGCAGAGGUGUUCCUGCUGCCCUCAGACUUGAGAAUACUCUUGUCACACAGCCUGGGAAAGUGCCCUAUCUCCCAGGCAGAACUAGGGCACUUGAACUCCUUUGUUUGAAAUUGAGCAGAUUCAUUGGCCUAAGAAGAGCCUCAGAAACCUAUUGUUCAGUGUUAAUUUGGCAUUUUUAUUUGUAAAUUGUCUUAAACUGUAAUCAAGCCUCACCUGCCACAUCUCAGCUCUGAAAGGAAGGUCGACAGUAGUGGUGAGUUUGGUUUUGGUUUUGGUUUCAGUUACUUUGACCUUCCCACUCUGGCAGCUCCUACUGCUGCUUUCCCAAAUUACCCAAAGCACUGCUGCUUGGUCCUUGUUUUCUUUUGUCUUGUACUAUCUGAUAUAAUGUUUACUUAAAGGGCAAAAGUGUUUUGUAGGAAGAAAAGAACCAAAAGAAGAGAGAAUCAGCUUAGAGAUGACUGUGAUGUUAUCUAAAGAGCAGAGAAGGGCCUGGCACUUAGGAAUGUGCCUCAAACAGCAAAGCUGAAGAACGGACACUCUUCACCUACUGGCUACUGUCCCUCCAUUGGCGUUUCCUCACUUUAUGUUGCUGGACAGAACACUGUCGGCGCCCCCGCUGGUCUUGCCGGUCACAGUUGAAGCUUCUGGCUGUAAUGGGCUCAUACUCAUAAUGGCCUGCUGUUGAGUUGUUUUUAGUGACAGCUUUCGUGUGCUACACACCUCAUUGGCUUGCUUACCAACACCAGCUAGAUGCAGUCCCUCCUUUCAUAUCCAAACCAGAACACAUUUGGGUAUUCCUGACACUUUAUAGAGCGUGUAUUGUUUGUUAUAUGAACCUAACCUACCUUGUUGUUUUCUCACAUUAAGAAAUGUCAAUCUACUUUGCUUUAGUGGAGCUAUUUUGGUAAUGUAUAAGCAGUUUUGGUUCUGUUUGGGGAGUGAAUUCAAGGUUUCCAUGGCUUGAUUUGAACUUUGCUUAUUUCAUAUCAGUAAUACAACCAUUUUAAUUUAUCUAAAUAAAACAUUUACUUUUUA